CAGCCCCGCGGAUCCGGCCCCGACGGCGGCGAUCCGGCCCCGGGUCCCGCCGAGAGCGCCAAGCAACUUCUGAAGAGCUUUCCUCUGCUGUCCUGUUAAUAUGAUGUGUCUUCAUGCACUACUAGUCUGCAAAAAUAGGAGCCAUUAGGAAUUUUUAGCACUUUGAGGUACAACAAUGAUGGCUCAAUUGCUUUUCUGGUGGAUUCUAAAAGGGCUUUUUCUGUCUUUUCUGCUCAAAACUGCUCUGUCCCUAAACCCAGAUGAUCCGAAUGUUUGUAGUCAUUGGGAAAGCUAUGCUGUGACAGUACAGGAAUCCUAUGCUCAUCCUUUUGAUCAGAUCUAUUAUACAAGAUGUACUGACAUACUGAACUGGUUCAAGUGCACUAGACACAGAAUAAGUUAUAAAACGGCGUAUCGCAGAGGACUCAGAACGAUGUACCGGCGCAGAUCUCAGUGCUGUCCUGGAUAUUAUGAAAGUGGAGACUACUGCAUCCCACUCUGCACAGAGGAGUGUGUGCAUGGAAGAUGUGUUUCUCCUGACACUUGUCAUUGUGAACCAGGAUGGGGAGGCACUGAUUGCUCUAGCGGUUGCGAUAGCGAUCACUGGGGACCCCACUGCAGCAACCGGUGCCAGUGCCAGAACGAGGCCCUUUGCAACCCCAUCACAGGUGCCUGUGUCUGUGCAGAUGGGUACCAGGGCUGGCGCUGCGAGGAGCUCUGCGAGCCCGGGAGCUACGGCAAGGGCUGCCAGUUCCAGUGCCAGUGUCACAACGGAGCGACCUGCGACCACGAGACGGGAGAAUGUCACUGCACUCCUGGAUACACGGGGGUGUUCUGUGAAGAGCGCUGUCCCCCCGGGAGCCACGGAGCUCAGUGUGAGUUGCGUUGCCCAUGCCAGAACGGAGGGGUCUGCCACCACAUCACUGGGGAGUGCUCCUGUCCUGCUGGAUGGACGGGGCUGGUGUGUGCACAGCCAUGUCCUCCUGGGACAUUUGGAAUUAAUUGCAGCCAGGACUGUCCGUGCCACAACGGAGGACACUGUGAUCCCGUGACAGGAAAAUGCAUUUGUACACCUGGCUAUAUUGGAGACAGGUGUCAAGAAGAGUGUCCAAUUGGAAUGUUUGGUUUUCAGUGCACACAAAGAUGUGACUGCCAAAACGGUGCAAAGUGUUACCAUGUGAAUGGAGCAUGUAUGUGUGACCCAGGAUUUAAAGGGAUUCACUGUCAAGAAAGAAUGUGUCCAGAAGGGUUUUAUGGCCUCAAGUGCAACAAGAGAUGCCCUUGCAAUAUUACCAACACCCUCAGUUGCCAUCCAUUGUCUGGAGAAUGUAGCUGCAAAGCUGGCUGGGCUGGACUGUACUGCAAUGAGACCUGUCCCCCCGGGUACCAUGGCGAAGGCUGCCAGCUGACCUGCUCAUGUGAGAAUGGUGCAGACUGCGACAGCAUCACUGGGAAGUGUACGUGUGCACCAGGAUACAUGGGAGAUGACUGCACCAUUACCUGCAUGGCAGGAACCUAUGGUACCAAUUGCUCAUCAGUUUGUAAUUGCAGAAAUGAUGGUGCGUGUUCCCCCGUCGAUGGUCUGUGCAUUUGCAAAGAAGGAUGGCAAGGAGUGGAUUGCUCUAUUCCAUGUUCAAGUGGAAGUUGGGGUUUUAACUGUAACCAGACGUGUUACUGCACAAAUGGAGCAGCCUGCAGGCCAGCUGAUGGCUUCUGUCUGUGCUCCCCUGGCUGGCAGGGGGACUACUGUGACCAGCCAUGCCCUGAUGGAACAUAUGGUCUUAAUUGCAGUGAACGUUGUGACUGUAACCACGCAGAUGGGUGCGAUCCCGUCACCGGUUACUGCUGCUGCCUUGCUGGCUGGACAGGCAUCCACUGUGACAAUAUGUGCACCCAGGGCCGCUGGGGACCGAACUGCUCCAUCUCCUGUAGCUGUGAGAAUGGUGGAUCCUGCUCUCCAGAGGACGGCACCUGUGACUGUGCACCUGGCUACAGAGGACCCCUGUGCCAAAGAAUUUGCCCCCCUGGCUUCUAUGGACACCACUGCAGCCAGCCAUGCCCUCAGUGCGUGCACAGCAGUGGUCCCUGUCACCACGUGUCCGGGCACUGCGACUGCUUGCCAGGAUUCUUCGGCGCUCUCUGCAACCAAGUGUGUCCCAGUGGAAAAUAUGGGAAGAACUGUGCUGAGCUCUGCCAGUGCACCGAGAACGGGACGUGCAACCCCAUCGAUGGAUCGUGCCAGUGCUUUCCAGGCUGGAUAGGGAAGGACUGCUCCCAGACUUGCCCCCCAGGUUUUUGGGGCAUGGAUUGCUUUCAUUCAUGCAACUGCCACAAUGGAGCAAUGUGCAGCCCUUAUGAUGGAGAAUGCAGAUGUACUCAUGGCUGGACUGGGCUCUACUGCACACAGCGUUGCCCAGCUGCUUUCUAUGGAAAAAACUGUGCCAACGUGUGUCAGUGUCAGAACGGAGCAGACUGUGACCACGUCACUGGGCAGUGCACGUGCAGGACUGGAUUCACAGGCAAACAGUGUGAGCAAAAGUGCUCACCAGGAACAUUUGGUUACGGUUGCAAACAACUCUGUGAGUGCAUGAAUAAUGCUACAUGUGACCAUGUGACAGGUACUUGCUACUGCAGUCCGGGCUUCAAAGGAAUCAGAUGUGAUCAAGCGGCUCUUAUGAUGGAAGAAUUAAACCCCUAUACUAAAAUUAGUCCAGCUCUUGGAUCAGAGAGGCACUCAGUGGGAGCAAUCAUUGGAAUUAUUAUUCUCCUUCUAAUUAUUAUGGUCUUGCUGGCACUGUUUGUGUGGUAUCGACGGAAACAGAAGGAGAAGGGCCAUGACAUGCCAAGUGUAUCUUACACUCCAGCCAUGAGGAUGACUAAUACAGAUUACUCACUUUCUGAUGUAUCUCAAGGUAGCAGCAGUGUGCACUGCUUUUCCAACCCAAGCUACCACACUCUCUCAUGCGGUGUGACUUCGCGCUUCUUUCCGCGUAAUCUGGAUGGGAGCAGCUCCAGUAAGCUGAGUAACAAAAUCCUUGACAGAGAAACUGCAGACUGGAGACCCUACAGCUAUCUGAAUGAACUAGGUGCUUGUGGGAUGGAUAGACGUCAGAACACAUACAUAAUGGAAAAAAGCUUCAAAGAUUAUAUGAAGGAAUCUGUGUGCAGCUCCAGCACUUGUUCUCUGAACAGCAGUGAAAACCCAUAUGCCACCAUUAAAGAUCCCCCCAUCUUAACAUGCAAACACUCCGAGAGCAGCUACGUGGAAAUGAAAUCGCCUGGUCACAGGGACUCCCCAUACUCAGAAAUGCCCACUUCAUCGACAGCCAACAAAAACAUCUACGAAGUUGAGCCCACCAUCAGCGUGGUCCAAGAUGUCCGUGCCCGGAGUGCCAGUUACCUCCAAAGUCCAUAUGACCUGCCUAGGAACAGUCACAUUCCUAGUCACUACGACCUCCUCCCUGUAAGGCACAGCCCAACGCACGGGCCAUCUUGGGACAAGCAGUCUUAAAGGGAUGGACUUCACUGUGCUGCAAACACAAACUCUGAGAAAGCAAAGAGAAGACAAUCCUUUUCUGCACUGCAGGAUGCUGACGUGACUUUAGGCUGCAAGGACCUAACGUAGCUAAACAUCAGCUUGGGCCAGCUGCUGCUGCAUGAUGUUAUUUAAAAAGACUUUUUUUUAUAUGGAUCACAGGAACUAAUGAGAACCUUCUCCAGAUGUCGCUGGAGUGCAUCGCCCCUGGAAGGUGUCCACUUGCUCCAGGCAAAAGCUCUCUGCCAUGUGUAUUCUAACCCUGGCUUUGCUGUAAAAUAAAACACAACACACUGAGUAGGAGGACCUAGAGACAUGCAUACAUCUCUACCAAUUGCAUCAGAAAACCUUGUAAUGUUAGGAACGCUGGAAUACAGUUUAUAUCUCUGUCAUAGAAAUGGACAUUUUUCUGAAUGAGAAUAGGAAAGCUGCUUGUUUCACUGUCUGGAAACCUCAUUUACUGCCAUCGCCAUGGGCAUCCUGUGCAGAUCAUGCUUGGUAAUUAAUGCUCUGUUCACCUUUCAUUCAGUACCAGGGUCCUGGAGUACAGGAAUACCAACGCAUUUUUAAAAUGUAACACUUUGGCCAAUGCCCAGUGAUCUUUGUCAACGACUGAAGUUUAAGCAAUGAGUCUCAUACCCAGCUUACUGCACUUGGAACAAGCACGAAAUAUUUCGGUACAGCUAUGCUUUAAUUUUCCUUGUACACCUUCUUUUUCAUUAGAUAAAUGCACAGCUUUUUUGGGUGGUGCAAACAGACGCACCUUCACCUGCAUCCUGGGACACUGCAGGUUUGCACAGACCAGCCCUGGUUCAGUUUCUUAACAGUAGGAUGCAUUGGCUUCAUCACUGGCAAACCACGUCACCACGAUGCACCUGGCAGCACGUCCUACAUGACACCCUUUAAUUUGACGUGCAUUACCAUGUAGUGCAACUUUAUCUGUUGAUGAUUUUACCUGACAUGCCAUUACAUUGAGCCGAAAAUGGGUUUCUUUUUUUCAGCAGCUGUUUGUAAAACAGUUAUCAAGGGGUUGACCUAUGGUAAAGCUUUGGACUAAGCCACCAUGAUUUUUUUUUUUGUAAUCUUUAUUGACCUAGAAAGUAGAAUACUUGCAGUUAAGCAGUUCCUUGUAGAUUUUGAGCAUGAAGUAGUAUUGAUUCUAAGUAUGUAAUUUUACUAGGCAAACGUGGAAGUAGCAAGUUGCCUUUUAAAGAUUAAAAAAAUUCUGUUGCACAUUCACCAGUCUGAUGGAAGCAGAAGAGAACCAAGCCAACACCAAGCUGUUUGCUCUACAUCUGACCACCAGUGAAAGCUGCUGACCUAGGGGACUGGUAUGAGGACCCUGCUGCCAUGGAGACAGCAGCUCAGAGCCAGCAGCUCAGAGCCAGCUCCGUGUGACAGAGGCAUCGGAGCACCUCGGGUAGGGCAGCACCGAACCCCACAGCACCCCGGCAGCAGCCAGGAUGGCAGGGCCAGCUCUGAACCCCUAUGUGCAAUUUAAGAGAUCCAGACAGCUGAGCUGAGCCCAGAGAUCCCCCCCCAGGCUUGCAGAAGAGCAGAUUUUCAUGUUUCAGGAUAACUCCAAAGUAUUUACAUGAAUGCUGCAUGUGUGCAUGGGGGCAAUGACUGAUGAGCAAUAGUAGUUUUAUUUUCCAGGAAAGCCUUAUAUGAGAUGUAAUUAGGCACUUAUUUUGUAGGGCCAGGAGGGGUAUAUUUUGCAUACAUGAGUGGAAAGACUUACCUCAAAAAUACCAAGAGAAAUGCAGUUUGAUGAGGAAUCCUCUGGUUAGAGACCUAUCUUGCCAUCUAGCACAAGCAGUCUCAGCUGCCAGCCUGACCAGGGCCUGUGUGUUGCUGUCAACAUUGAGAUGAGAGAGCAGAGAUAAGGCUCAGAAUUUUGUUUUUGUUUUUUUUUUCAAAGCUGGAUUUUCAAUCCAAAUGCAACGAUGUGCAUAGAGCUUAACAGGAAAAAAAAAAAAAGAAAAAAACAACAAAGGAAGUACCUUCUGUAUAUUAUUAGCAUUAGCUUAGGAAAUAGGCAUCAAAAUGGCAAUACUUUUUUAAGGCAAGACAGAUUUGUAAUAUAUUUGUUCACUGUGCAAAGGUAUUCCACCUUGUACAAAAUAAAUCCAAUUUCUCUCAGUGUGUUUUUCUCAAACUUACUCAUUGGCAGACCAAAACUCCCAGCCCACGCUCAGGUUGAGCACUCCAUGCAACACUGCUGGUUACAGAGGGGCUCACCAUGUCUUCAUGGAAAACCUCGCAGGCACCUUGCAAGCCAGAAGCUGUUUUUCUGUUGCAGGACUUCUCAAAAUAACAUAAUGACAUAAUUCAGGCUGAAAUUUUGAGCUCGCUUUGAGUAAAGCCCAGCUUUAAAACAAAAGCAGCAGGCAUGGUACGCAUCUUUUGUACAACUCUUCCCGUAGCUCCCGUCUGCAGCAGCUGAACCUUUGCAGGUAUGAGCAAGACCUCAGUGAAGCAGAAACAAGGCGAUGACAGCUCCACGUCUCUCUGCUGUUUACACAGUGCCUCUCAGCCGUGUCCCAAUGGCACCCAGUGACGCCAGCAGGUUGCAGUGCUUUUGGUGGGCACAGGAGGACACAGGCCAGCAGUGACCCCAGGACCAGGCAAACCACAGCCAUCUCAGCAUCCGACUGUUCCCGAGGAGCCAAUCAAUAAAUCACAAGCACAAAUUUGCAGCAGAAACACCUUUGGAAUUGAUGACGCUGGGGCAAUGCAGCAGACAGCUACAUAUUUAUUGAAGCUUUUUCAAUAUUUGUGCUUCAUAUUUCUAAAGAUCCUGUUAACUAAAGCCCAGCAUGUAAUCCUCUUAUUUGACAAACCACACUCAAUAAGCUAUU